CGAACAUCGGCUACCAGAUCGGCGGUUUAAGAGAAUAUAUAUAUAGCAUUUAGAACAAGAACUGGGAAAAGUGUUUUGUGAAAUGGCGAAUUUAACCAUUAUGUGGAUUGUAAUGCUGCAAUUAAUGAGCUCUGCUUUGGCCGAUGUCUCCCAUCUGGAAUACUCCAUCAAGCCCAGUUCCCAGCUGGCCUAUUACCACUAUCCCGCUCCCAGUCGACCAGUUCUUCAGCGAGGACAGAGAACCCAAUAUCAACAAUCCCAGCAAUAUCCCCAAGUGGCUCGCCAAUUUGCUGAACCCGCCUUGGAGCAGGCUGCCUUCACCCAGGCCUUGACCAGUCAGGGUUACGUAUUUGGAGCACCAUCUGCGCCACUUCAGGUGGCUCCCUCGGCAGUGCAAACCCAACAGGUGGCCAGGCCAGCGAUUCCAGCAGGAUCCUCCGCAGGAAGAUCCCUCAUAUCCAAUGCGGAUGCCAAUUCCUUGAACCUGAAACUCCCCGUUCCCUUUGGCAUCACGCCCCUCAAUGUGGCGCAACUGCCGCUGCAGGCUGGAGCUCCCUAUGCCAGUGUGCCACGGACUACAGGUCUCACUUCCUACGGCACACCGCAGAUUCAGAGGCGUUAGUCCUCCGAUCCCAAGCCCAACUCCUUCUAGAUUAAUAACAAAUAAUUAAGCGAGCCAGAGCCAUCCCGACUGAUCAUCAAACUGCGAUGACUUCUGCUCUUAGCGAAUAUACACACCUCGAUAAUAAACUUGCCAUCUAAGCUUAGUCUUUCGAUCCGAG